CUUGUUCUCUGAGCUUAUAUAAAACUAGGACAACUCUCAAGGAGCAUCAGAUUACUUCUCAAGUUCACCAACCCAGAAAGAAAAAUAUGUCAGCCUGUAUUUUCUGCAAGAUCAUCAAGGGGGACAUCCCUUCCUUGAAGCUGUUUGAGAGUGACAAGGUCUUUGCCUUCCUCGACAUCAAUCCGCUCAGCCGCGGCCAUGCUCUCGUGAUUCCCAAGUUUCACGGCGCGAAGCUCACGGAUAUCCCGGACGACCAGCUCUCUGAGCUCUUGCCCGUUGUGAAGAAGAUUGUCAACGCUACCGGCGCCGAGAACUACAAUGUUCUGCAGAACAACGGAAGAAUUGCUCACCAGGAAGUUGAUCAUGUUCAUUUCCACAUGAUCCCGAAGCCAAACGUUAAGGAAGGGCUUUCGGUGGGAUGGCCCCAGCAGAAGACCAACAUGGACAAGCUCAAGGAGCUCCUGGCGGAAGUUCAAGCGAAGAUGUAGAAAUGGUAACUACAGUGCGCAUACAGGUAGAGAGGAAAUCACAAUACGUAUACAAACGAAUACAAGCUCAAGUAAAUCCCA